UGCACAGGUCUGGAGAGCCUGCUGAUUGCUGGUCCCAGGGCCAGGAGCGUGUCCGGGGAGGCCAGAGGCUGGCCUGAGCCCGGCUCUGGAGACCCUGCCGUUCCGAAGAGCCAGCUGACCCCGAUUCUUCACCUGCUGCUGGGGCCAUGGGGGCCGGGGCCAGCGCGGAGGAGAAGCACUCACGGGAGCUGGAAAAGAAGCUGAAGGAAGAUGCUGAGAAGGAUGCCCGCACCGUGAAACUGCUGCUUUUGGGUGCCGGCGAGUCUGGGAAGAGCACCAUUGUCAAGCAGAUGAAGAUUAUCCACCAGGACGGGUACUCGCUGGAAGAGUGCCUCGAGUUCAUCGCCAUCAUCUAUGGCAACACGCUGCAGUCCAUCCUCGCCAUCGUGCGCGCCAUGACCACGCUCAACAUCCAGUACGGAGACUCCGCGCGCCAGGACGAUGCCCGGAAGCUGAUGCACAUGGCGGACACCAUCGAGGAGGGCACGAUGCCCAAGGAGAUGUCGGACAUCAUCCAGCGGCUGUGGAAGGACUCGGGUAUCCAGGCCUGUUUCGAGCGCGCCUCUGAGUACCAGCUCAACGACUCGGCGGGCUACUACCUCUCGGACCUGGAGCGCCUGGUAACGCCGGGCUACGUGCCUACCGAGCAGGACGUGCUGCGCUCGCGUGUCAAGACCACCGGCAUCAUCGAGACGCAAUUCUCCUUCAAGGACCUCAACUUCCGGAUGUUCGACGUGGGCGGGCAGCGCUCGGAGCGCAAGAAGUGGAUCCACUGCUUCGAGGGGGUGACCUGCAUCAUCUUCAUCGCGGCGCUGAGCGCCUACGACAUGGUGCUGGUGGAGGACGACGAAGUGAACCGCAUGCACGAGAGCCUGCACCUGUUCAACAGCAUCUGCAACCACCGCUACUUCGCCACCACGUCCAUCGUGCUCUUCCUUAACAAGAAGGACGUGUUCUCCGAGAAGAUAAAAAAGGCGCAUCUUAGCAUCUGCUUCCCCGACUACGACGGGCCCAACACGUACGAGGACGCGGGCAACUACAUCAAGGUGCAGUUCCUGGAGCUCAACAUGCGGCGCGACGUGAAGGAGAUCUACUCCCACAUGACGUGCGCCACCGAUACGCAGAACGUCAAAUUUGUCUUUGACGCGGUCACUGACAUCAUCAUCAAGGAGAACCUCAAAGACUGCGGUCUCUUUUGAGGCUCCCGAGCCCAGGCUUGU